GUCUUUGCGUUGCUCUCGUGCAGUAAUGAACCUACGCCGGGCGCUGAGCGAAUUGUACUAACGGUCUUUUAGUAUACAACGUAUUUCACUAUAAGAAAAUGUUAAAGUGCGUGCUUUUUUCAAAUUAUAUCAUCAGUAGAUGCUAGUAGUGUUAAAGUUUGUUGCCGUUGAUGGAUAAACAGUGAUAGUUGCAUUUUUCGACUUGGAUUUGUUGAGUUGUGUUUUUAGUUGGAUCGACCAUCACUAAGUGUGGACCCGUCUGUUGGUAUUUAGAUGGGUUAAGUGAUGAGAUGAAGCCGAUUGUCAUCUGUCGGUUUUUGUGGUGAUGAAGUGACCUGGCAGAAUGGCUCUUCUGCGGGUAUGUGCUCUGUUGGUGGUCGUGUGCUGGGUGUUUGGCGUCGCGACUGUGGCGUCGGUCUUGGCUGACGAGUGCCAAUGGUCGUCCGAGAACAACGAGACGCAGUCGCGUCUGAGUGCGUCGUGCAGUGUUCGUGCCCUGGCCAAUAUCACCUCCGGUCUUCAACCGGAUUCCACCGUCAAAUUGCGUGUCGCGUGCAUUGAUUCCCAUCUCUACGAAAGCCUGCUUCCUCCAAAAACCUUCCACAAGUUCCACAUCCUCGAGGAGCUAACGAUCGUCGACUGUAAAGUGCUUGAACUCCCAGUGGACGCUUUCGAUGGAUUACGCGAUUUGAAGCGUCUCACAUUUUCAACUAACAACAUGGAGUGGGGUCCGGGCAAAACUCUCGAACUGAUACCCGGCUGUUUUGACGGGCUCAAAGAGCUGCAAACCCUCGACCUCGGCUCCAGCAAUGUGCGUGCCAUCCCCGAGGACGUGUUCUGUACCCUGGGCAAUCUACAGGUGCUGAAUCUGACCAGAAACAGCAUCCGUCUAGUCGACGCCCUGGGUUUCUCUUCCUCGCGGGUCGAGUGUGGAGGCGGCAUGGAUUUGCGUUCCCUCGACCUCUCCCGCAACGACCUCCGUUCUCUCCCCGACAACUCCGCCCUGGGACGGCUACGUCGUCUCCACGAACUCUACAUCCAAGACAAUUACAUCUCAAAGCUAGGACCCGACUCUCUGUCCGGUCUAACCUCACUUCGCGUUUUCAAUGCCUCCAACAACAAACUUGAAACUCUCCCUGAGGGUCUCCUUGCAAGUUGCCGUGAAUUACGGGAGAUCGAUUUGCAAAAUAAUUCACUGUACGAACUAGCUCGUGGACUGUUUCAUAGGUUAGAACAGCUUCUUGUACUAGAUUUGUCCAACAAUCAGUUAUCCAGUAAUCAAGUAGAUGAAGGGACGUUUGUGGGACUCAUAAGACUGAUCGUUCUAAAUUUAUCGCACAACGCCCUCACUCGUAUUGAUGCAAAAACCUUCAAAGACUUAUUCUUUUUGCAAAUUCUAGACCUCAGGAAUAAUUCAAUUGGUUUUAUCGAAAACAACGCGUUUUUACCAUUAUAUAAUUUGCACACACUGAAUCUCGCCGAAAACCGUCUCCAUCAUAUCACAGCCACUCUUUUCAACGGUUUAUUUGUCCUCACUAAACUAACACUCAGUAAUAAUUUAAUUGUGAACAUUGACCCGCAAGCUUUCCGUAACUGUUCCGAUUUGAAAGAUCUUGAUCUCAGCUCGAACGCAAUUCAAGAAGUUCCUGAAGCCCUCAGUGAACUCAACUUCCUCAAAACAUUGGACUUGGGUGAAAAUCAAAUCAGUAGUUUCCGUAACGGUAGUUUCAAAAAUUUACAACAGCUGACUGGAUUACGUUUAAUUGACAAUGACAUCGGGAACCUCACCAAGGACAUGUUCUGGGAUUUGACAGGGCUUCAAGUUUUGAAUCUGGCCAAAAAUAAAGUGCAACAAAUUGAAAGAGGAACUUUUGAGAGGAAUACACAAUUGGAAGCGAUCAGACUGGAUGCAAAUUUUUUGUCGGAUAUCAACGGUGUUUUCUCAGCUUUAGCUAGUUUAUUGUGGUUGAAUCUCUCGGAAAAUCAUCUAGUUUGGUUUGAUUAUGCUUUCGUUCCCACAAACUUGAAAUGGUUAGAUGUUCAUGGAAAUUACAUAGAAAAACUUGCAAACUACUAUAAACUUCAGGAUGAGUUGCACAUUAAAACUCUUGAUGCUAGUCACAAUAGAAUAACUGAACUGAAUGAACUGUCUAUUCCUAACAGUGUUGAAGUGGUUUUCAUAAAUAAUAAUUUUAUAUCUCAGGUGAAAGUGAACACAUUUUUGGAGAAGAGAAAUUUGGCGCGAGUUGAUAUGUAUGCAAAUGAGUUGACUAGAUUGGAUUUGAAUGCUUUGAGAUUGGCUCCCGUACCUGAAAAUAGAACUUUGCCUGAGUUUUAUCUGGGUGGCAAUCCAUUCCACUGUGACUGUUCCAUGGAUUGGUUGCCGGUAAUCAAUAACAUGAGUUUGAGGCAGCAUCCUCGGGUAAUGGACUUGGAGAAUGUGAUGUGCAAGAUGAGCUACUCAAGGGGCUUAGUGCACUUGUCAGCCGUCGAUUCCCGUCCUUCUGAGUUCCUGUGCAACUAUGAGACGCACUGCUUUGCACUGUGCCACUGCUGUGACUUCGACGCCUGUGAUUGUGAGAUGACUUGUCCGACUAACUGUACUUGCUAUCAUGACCAGACGUGGAGCACAAACGUUGUUGACUGUUCGCGACAAAACAAUGACCAAAUCCCGAGACGAAUCCCCAUGGAUGCUACUCAUGUGUAUUUGGAUGGAAAUAAUUUGAAAGAGCUUCAAAAUCAUGUGUUUAUUGGGAGGAAAAAUAUGAGGACUUUGUUUGUGAAUGCUAGUAGAAUUCAAACUAUACAGAAUAGAACUUUCAACGGGUUGAAUGCGUUACGUGUGUUACAUUUGGAGGAUAAUUUGAUCAAAGAAUUGAAGGGUUAUGAGUUUGAUCAUUUGUCACAGCUACGUGAACUGUAUUUACAGAAUAAUCAGAUUGCACAUAUCGGUAACUCCACGCUUUUCCCGUUGAAAUCGCUGGAAAUUUUGCGUUUAGACGGGAAUCGUUUGGUGAGCUUCCCGGUUUGGCAGUUGACGCUGAACUCUUAUCUAGUCGAAGUAACGUUGGGCAACAACCGAUGGAGUUGCCGUUGUAAGUUCCUGAAAGAGCUGCGAUCGUGGGUGUCGGAUAACUCGCAGAAAGUGGCUGAUAGCGGAGACAUCUGGUGCUAUGCGAACGAAACUAGAACACCCUACCGGCGGGAGGUAGAUCUGAAUAACACGGCUUGCAGCGAUUACUACUCGGACAGUUCCGUGAUACAGAGUCUGAUUGUUUCCGAUUAUUUGCCGAUGGUGAUAGUGACACUGUCGGCACUUGUGAUUGUUGUGGUUUUGAGUGUGGUCAUGUUUAUAUUCCGUGAUUCUGUGAGGGUGUGGUUGUUCUCGACGUAUGGUGUGAGGUUGUUCCAAUUCAAAGCGCCGUCAGCGAAACAUUACGGGGAGGAUCGGGAGAAACUGUAUGAUGGGUAUGUUGUGUAUAGUCCGAAAGACGAGGAGUUUGUGUUGCAAAGUAUUGUAGCGGAGUUGGAGCACGGUAGUCCGUCGUUCCAUUUAUGUCUGCAUUAUAGGGACCUGCCACACUCGGCGGCGCCCUAUCUGCAGCACACGUCGCCCGUUGUCGUCGAGGCGGCGGAGGCCAGUCGGCGUGUGAUACUCGUGUUGUCGAGGAACUUCCUCCAGACCGAAUGGUCGAGGUUCGAGUUCCGUUCGGCGCUGCACGAAGCGCUGAAAGGUCGAGUGUUCAAGCUGGUGCUGGUGGAGGAAGGGAGUAUUCUCCCAGAGGCGGAGCUCGACCCCGACCUGAGGCCUUACCUGAAGACGGGCACGCGGAUCCGCUGGGGCGAGAAGCGGUUCUGGGAGCGGUUGAGGUAUGUGAUGCCCAGUGCAGCCAGUGAUAACAAGCGGAAAUCGUGUAACUACAGGAGAAACAUCAACAACUAUAGCUUGGACUCUGGGCCAGGGCACAACCACGCGUACCUCCAGGAGAAAACUCUACAAACUAACUACCCUACACCCGAAAACCUCCCUCCAGCAUACAAGGAGGACGCGAACUAUUCGUCGGCGACAACUGCGACUCCCUCGCCAAGGCCGGUGCAUAGACACCACGGCUACUCGAACCCCGAGAGACCAUCGAGUGAACAUAUCUACUCGUCGAUCGACUCGCCAGACUACACCGGCUUCGAGAGGAGUGACUCGCGCACGCAACAGCGCUCGCCUGCGCUCAAUAACCACCAGACGCAUCAACAGCCUCCAGGCUGGCGGACGGCGGGAGCUGCCGUCGUCAACAACGGCGGAGUGCAGGCCUACCUAGUCUGAUGCACGUUAUCCUUACUCAAGAAUUUGAAGAGAGGUUCAAGACUGGAAGCAGCUGCACACCAAGACACAAGAUGGCGUCCCAUCACUUACAUGCCGCUGGACUCAAAAUUUGAGAGCCAUUUUCAUGGUGCUGAUCAUGGACAUGAAACUAGAGGACUUAUAGCAAUGGUUUAUUUGGAAUCAGGUUGCACGGAGGGUGAUGAAGAAUCCCAAUCAUUAAUCUCCACAUUAUAACUGACUGAAAGAUUCACUUGGAUCACUUUUAAUGUAGGGAAGUAUUUGCCAAAAAAAUGCUGGAUCAAUGAAAUGGUCUAUCUGUGAUUUAUAUAUUUCGGAUUGACAUUUUUGUUGGUGCAAUUUGAAGAACAUUUUGAAAACUGGGAAUAUUUUGUGUUGUUGUUGAAUAUUGAGUGUGGUUAUAAUAUUUAUCAGUACAGUAUUAAUGUCAAAUGAUGUAAGAUCACUCUCAAGUAAAUAUAACUGCUAAAGCCCUGCACACACACAUCGAUUUUUGUUAGUACGAUAUUUUGCCGUCCUUAUGAAUUCUAUCAGAUUAAACGGAGCUUGACAAACAUCAUCUGUUUGAAAUCAUCCGUUUAAUCUAAUAGAAUUUAUAAGGACGGCAAAAUACCGUACGAACAAAAAUCGUUGUGUGUGGGGAUCAUUAGUAGGAUUAGUUUAGUAAGCUUACAAACUUAAAAAUGUGUGAAAUUUCCAAAUUAUAGGCAUGAUUCCUUUGGAUUUGUUGAAGAUAAAAAUUAUGAAAAUUAUCAAUGGAACCAGCAUUUCUUUGUCAAAAACUUCAGUAACAUGAGAGUAGUUUUCAACCGUUAAUUGCAACCAAUAGAAUCUGAUUAGUCCUCCCACCCUUUAAAGAAGCUUCUACUGUACAGUUUAUAAAACGAUAAAUAGACACAAUAGAAUCACAUAAUAAAGAUAUUCAUGUAAUUAUCAUGGACUAUGGUUUAAAUGAACCGAUGAAACAAGGAAUUGAAAAGAUGUAUCGAAAAUAGUACAUGAUUGAAAAUGAUGAGACAAUACAAUUUAAUGGUGAUAGCAUAUUUUUCAUCAGAAUCUGUGAUGUUGAGUUUCAGAGUACAUCGAUAUUCGUUUCUCAUUUGUAAGUUUCAGUCCAUUCUUACUAGAUUUUUUCCUGCUUAUUCAUAACAUAGAGGUAUGAUUAUUGAAGCUUUUUCCAGUUUUCGAUUAAAGAUUUUACAAUAUAAUAUUAGUCAGCUUAUCUUUAUUCACUAUUACAAUUCAAAUUGAACAUUGUUAUUGAAGUCUUGAAAAUAAUGUAUUCGAUAAUGAUAAUUUGAUGAUUUCAAUCAUUUUCAAAAUAAUUUCAAUCAUAUUUGUAAUAAUUUUCCAUUUUUCUAAUAAUUUCAAUGGUUAAUAUGAUGAGGUUAGUAUGAAAAAGUUUAUAGUAAUGGGAAAAAAUGCUUUCGAGUUAAAAAUACCUCGGUUUUAAUUCCGUUGUUUGAGGAAAUAGUUAUUUGUGCAACUAGUGCGCAAAGUGACAGUUUGCUGCACCGAAAGAAACGUUUACGCACGAGCCGUAGGCGAGUGCGGAAUGAUGGGGUCUCCAGUGCAGCAAACGAACAUUGCUCACGUAUUUCACAUUAAAUUUUUCCUACAGUUACCAUUGAAUAUGAAAAGUGGGUAAUUAUGGGUAAAAUUCCCUGAAAUCCAUCAAAUGUUUUUCUGUGUAAUUUUAUUAUUAAUAAAAACCAUAUUUUAUUUAAAAUUGAAUAAUAAUAAUAAUAAUGUAAAUGAAUGAAGGCGGCACAUGUGGUGGCUGUCAACCACUGUCAUCGUUGUCCACUGCCCCCCAUAUUAUAACGUGGACCUCACUAUACCACAGUCAGUGUUACCAACUUAAAUUUGAUUUUCCUGCACUGGUGCUCGACCAGUGACCUAACCUACUAACUAUUUUGCGUUGUCAUGCUGAAAAUCUGGAGUACGCAAAGUAAUACUUUGCGCACUAGAGCGAAAAAGUGAUUCUUUGCGGCCUGCAAUCAGUGCAGAAAUGCUCACUUUUCAAGGUAUCUCUAGAAAAAAAUAAUUUUCAGACUGUAUAUUGACUCAAUACUUUAUAUCUUCCUUAUAUUGUUGUAAUACAAUCAUAGAUGAAAUAUAGAAUGAGCAUUACUUAUGCUAUCUUUCUCCUAUGGAAUAACCAGAGAAUAUAGAAUAUAAUUCUACAUUCUAUAAUUAUUUACGUUCUAUAUUUUCUGGAAAACUGACUAGAUUGAAAAAAUAUAAUUAUAUCUAUCAAGAGGAUGAAGACAACGUUUUUUGUUAUUUCAUAUUCCAGAUUAAAAUUAAUUGCAAUCUUUCAAUUUUCUAUGAAUUAAUUGACUAGAAUGUAAUUAACAAAUGGACAAUUACUCGACUGAUAGCUUGUAAUCCUAUACUGAGAUAAAACUUUACUUUCCAUGUUCCAAUCGUUUUUCGUAGAUGUUUAAAAAAUAUUGAAUAGAGCUUGAGAAAUUUGGUAUUGUGAUCCGGGAAAUUACUCCUUCUCAACGCGUCUAUGUAUUUUGAGAUAUGAGGUACAAAAGUUUGAAGAAGGAUAAUGACAAAACCGAAUUGUUAGAUUUAAGAGGUUACCCUCCUCAACAACCUAUAAAAACUGUAUUGUAAAUACAUAAUCAUCACGCUCCCAUCAUAAAUACAGUUGAAUGUAUGUGUAUAUGUAAUAAAAUUAUUUUGUAAAUGCUAAUUCAUACUUUCUUGUAAAUAUUCAUUUGUAAAUAGAAUUUAAAGUUUAGAAUUGAAUAAAAUAUGAAGUCAUCAAUAA